AUUAAAAAAAAGGACGAGUCACUCACUCACGAACGGGUCCCACGUGUCAUAGGAAAGUAGGGGCGUUAAAGUUGGGACUAUUGCUGGAGUUGCGGGAUAAAUUAAACCCUAGAAAGUUAAGGCAACCCAUGCUUAAUAAAAUAAGGAUAUGAAGUAGAGGCUAUUGCUAGAGUUGCUCUAAGAAUCUUUAAUCUAAUCUUCUUCUUAAGGAAUUGACCCCUCCUAGUUAUUUCCUAAAUUGUUUAAUUAUUGACCACCAAAAUUAGGGUGGUCACUGGUUAAACUUUCAAAGGUGAGAGAUCAUGAAUCGCUACCAGCUAGAUGUGCCGCGGAGCAACCCAACCUAACUUGUGCGCAUUGAUGUAGACAAAGAUUGGAAUCCGAAAUGCGAAACACCUUAUUUUAAUUGUUGUGUUGUCUGAAUUCGCCUAUCUCGUGUUUGAAACUGAAUGAACUACUUUUUAGUUGUUACCUAGAGGGGAAAUGACAAUUAGAAAAACAAAAAAAUAGCCGCCAAAGACUUUCUAAAAUCAAGCAAAAAGUGAGACUGUCUAUAUACAUGUGUUCUCUGAGAGAAGUGCAUUGAUACAUGUUACCUAUCUCAAUGAUUGUCUCGUGUAAUGUCAUAUAUGAUUUUUGAUGAUAUACAGGAGGUAGCCCGGUGAAAAAAAAUAAGUGGUGUUUUUUGAGACAACCGCAAAAAAAAAGUGGUAGUUGCUUAAUUACUCACGUGUCUCAAAACCGAUGGUGUUCCCGACAAAUGAUGCCGUGGUUGUGGUUCACCACAAAUCAUGUCGCUCGCCCGUUUUGGCCAUCAUGCAACUAGCUCGACCUAUCACAUGGCAUACGACACGAGACGAAAGAGACGCACCAACAGACGUGUCACUGCUCACACUGUGACUAACAAGCGACCUCACCUCACCUCCGCCACAGCACCUUCCCUGUAUAAGUACACCAUGCUGCCCUCUCCCUCUCUUCAGCAGCCUACACCGAUCGAGAUGGCGGUGGAAUCAUCGGAGACGCCGUGCCCGCCGUUCCCUCUCAUCGGGGACGAGGACGACGUCGGAGGGCACGAGAACCAGGCCGCCGCCGAGGUUCCGCAAGGCGAGGCGCUCGAGCUCCCGACGGUGGACCUGGAGGCGCCGGGGCCGGCGCUGGACGCGGCGUGCCGGGGCCUCGGCAUCUUCCGCCUCGCCAACCACGGCGUGCCCGCGGACCUCACCGCGCGCCUCUUCGCGCUGGCGCGCGACCUGCUCGGCCGCACGCCGUUCCCGGAGAAGAAGGCCCAGCCCGGCUACUUCUGGGGCACGCCGGAGGAGCCCUCACGGCGCGUCCGCCCCAGGGACGUCAACUGGAUCGAGGGCUACCACGUCCACCUUGCCCAGCCGCGGCCCAUCGCCGUCGGCCCCCCGCCGCCCUCCGACGACGACCCGGCGCUCGGGGACCUCGUGGCCGAGUACGCCGACCACAUGGCGCGCGUCGCGCGGAGGCUGUUCGACGCGAUCGCCGAGGCGCUGUGCCUCGACGCGGACCGGACGGCGAGCUACAUCAACGAGCACGGCGGGUACCUGCGGGUGCACCGGUACCCGCGGUGCCCGGAGCCAGGCCACCACGGGAUCCAGGCCCACACCGACAGCACCACGCUCUCCAUCAUCAACCAGGACGCCGCCUCCGGCGGCAGCGGCGGCCUGCAGGUGCACCACGACGGCGCGUGGCGCGACCUCGCCGCGCCGGGGGUACCCGACGACGGCGCGCUGCUGGUCAACCUGGGCGACAUGGCCAAGGCCAUCAGCGCCGACGCGUACCGGAGCGUGCCGCACCGGGUGGUGGCGAGCAUGGGAGACGACGAGAGGCUGUCGCUCUGCUACUUCGCGUUCCCGCGAGACGACGCCGUCGUCAGCUGCGACGGUAGCAGGUACCGUCCCUUCACCGUCCCUGAGUUCCGGGCGCAGGUGCAGGCCGACCUCAAGGCCAUUGGGUCCAAGGUCGGCCUCGAACGCUUCCUUCGCCAUUGAUUCGUCUCGGUGAACAAAGGUAUGCAUGUGGAGUAGUCUUGGAUUCUGGAAGAUGGCGAAGAACAGGAGCGCAGGCUUUGUCGGAACCACUGCUGAAGUGCUGAUCAUGAUUUGAGUUUUUGCAUUUUCGAUGGGAAUUGCAAGAAAGGAAGACCGAAGAUUGGCUUGGCGAGCGGAAGUGCUGUGUGCUGUAUGUGCUCUGUGUGAAUGUGUGUUAAUGUGUGGAAGUGAUGGUUGUUGUUAGCAAGAGGAAGGCCUUUUGCUCUACUUUACAUUUUCAUAUAAAAGGGAAUUACUCCAUGUCACGUUGCUUGAGAAAAUAUUUCAUGAUUGGGAGAACUAGAUUUUUCUUUGAUUGAUUUUAAGGAGACGAACACUAGAUUUUUCUUUAAAGUUUGAGUAAAAUGCACAGAUGGCCAUUGUAAUUGUUAGCGUGUUUCAAUUUGGCCAUUGUAUUUAAAAAAGUGUAAACCGUGGCCAUUAGACUUUCCAUUUGUAUUUUCCA